AUGGCAACCGCUUCUCCAGCACCCAAAGAGAAGAAAAACACAAGCUUUCCUCCAAGGCGGGGCCUCAUCAAGCGUCAGAUCUUUGAAAAAUUGGUCAAAGUGGUGGUCAACAAGGCCUCCAAACCUGGAGCUCAGGGGAAAAACAGAGGAGAAGAUGGUGGUGAAAGCUCUGCCUCUCAAACCCCACCACCAAGUGCCUACAGCUCUGAUGCCAAUUGA